AUGAAUGUUGUUACUUUGUGGAGUGGAAGGCAAUUGGAAGAUUCUCCUACUAAGGAGCCAUCAAAGGAGAUCAUUGAAGAAGUAGAUGAAGGUAAGAAAGUGAUCGAUAGUGCUAAGGUCGAGGAUGAAUCAAGGGAAGCAACUCCAAAUCUGCUUGCUUCGUACGUGCCUAAGGUUCCUUUUCCUCAAAGGUUAGCCCAAGCUAAGCUUGAGAAAAAUGCUAUAUCCGCGAUUCCGUCUUAUGCUAAAUUUUUAAAGUAUAUGCUUUCAAACAAGAAAAAGCUAGAAGAGAAUGCUACAGUUGCUUUGACUGCAGAGUGUAGUGCUAUUUUGCAGAAUACUCUCCCUAAGAAAUUUGGUGAUCCAGGUAGCUAUUCAAUUCCAGUGAAGCUUGGAGAUAUUGAAAUUAACAGGGCACUAUGUGAUCUUGAUGCAAGUGAAGAUGUAAAUGUUCCGAUUAUUCUUGGUAGACCUUUCUUAGCUACUGCAGGUGCAAUCACUGACAUGAAAAACGGUAAGAAUACCUUUGAAAGUGCGCAGCUUCCUUUGAGAAAACCAGAUGAUGCACUCAAAAUAGUGCUAGUAGGGAAGGAUGAUGACGGAGAUUGGUAA